CUAGUACUUCGUUUUUCUUAUUGCAAUCACACUCCUUCUCUUUAUAUAGUUUGUCGAAAUAUCUCAAUGGCUAGCGGCGGACAAGCUUUGAACGUGCCAGUUCUCCUUGCUGGCUACAAAUUUAGCCCUGAUAAUGAUGAUCUUAUUGUUUAUUAUUUGAAGAGAAAAAUUCUGGGCCAACAACUUCCUGCUGAUGUUAUUACCACCACUGAUGUAUAUGCAUCAAGCCCUGAUAAACUCCCCUUGGAUGAUUUUAAGGGCGGGGUGCCCAACGAGUGGUUUUUCUUUUCAACUAGAAGCAAGGAUGAUAACAUUAUUGCACUAGAUGGUGGCUACUAUGCAAUCGAUCCCGAAGGUGCUGGCCCGAUCACAUGGGAGGGAAAAGUUGUUGGUUAUGUAAAGACUCUGAAUUUCUAUCAAGGAAGCUCACCUAAUGGAACUGAAACUGAAUGGAUGGUAGAGGAGUUCAGAGUCAAUCCUGAGUUUGUUCCAAUUAACAACAACGACCGUAGCACUCGAGAAAAGAUAGAAAACCUUGUUGCAUGCAAAAUUUCUCGAGUGCAACCUGAACCUGAAUGGUAGGAGCAAGUCAAUUAAGAAGUGGAUAGAAAGAAGCACAAGAGAGGAAAAAUUGAAAUCCCAGCAAGCUUGUUAAAGGAAUGAGC